GUGAAAGUAAGGAAUGAUUCUUGUGUAAUACAUGAGUACUUUAGAAGAUUAUUUUCGUUUUGUUAUGAUCAGUAUUCAGUGAAAAAGCAGGAUACGGAAACGUUUGGACCAGGAAAUUCAAUAGCGUGGAUAUACAGCGAUGAAAGUCAGACUGGAAGUAUAUCAUAUGAAGGAAAAAUAACCACUUACGGAGGUGGUGGAUUUUAUGUAGACUUGCCAAAAAAUAAAACGGUAAUGAAAGAAUUAUUUGAACAUUUAAAAGAAAAUUUGUGGAUUACACGAGGAACUAGAGCAGUGUUUGUUGAUUUUACCACAUUCAACGCUAAUGUGGAUGUUUUCGGUGUCACUAAAUUAGUGCUUGAAUUUCCGACGAGUGGAGGCGUCAUUCCCUCUGCCGAGGUCCAUAGCGUCAGCUUGAAAAGAUUGGUUACUGCAUAUGAUUAUUUCGUGAUGAUAUGUGAAAUUUUAAUUUACGUUCUCGUUUGCUUCUUCAUUAUGGAAGCCAUUCGAGAUUUGGUAUAUUUUAAAUUACGGUAUUUUAAAUUGUUCUGGUCUUAUAUAGAUUGGGCAAUAAUUUCAACUUGCAUUGCCAAUUCAAUAUUUUCGAUUCUAAACAUAAAAUAUAUACCCAGUACAAUCGAAUCUUUCUCAAGAAAUCCACUCAAGUACGGGAAUUUUGAAUAUUUUGCGUAUAUACAUCUCCUACAGAAUGACAUGUUCGCUAUAAAUUUAUUCUUUACCUAUAUAAAGAUAUUUAAAUAUCUGAAUUUUAAUAGAACCAUGGGACAGCUGAACAAUACACUGAAAAAGUGUGCUUGGGAUAUUUUAGGCUUUUCAGUAAUGUUUUUUAUAAUAUUUUUUGCAUUCGCCCAACUUGGAUACCUAAUAUUUGGAAGCCAGGUUGAAAGCUUUAGCAGUUUUGGAAAAGCAAUGUUUACACUUCUUCGAACAAUUCUGGGUGAUUUUGAUUAUCCCGAGAUUGAAAAAGCAAACAGAAUAUUAGCACCAAUUUAUUUCCUGUCAUAUAUAUUUUUGGUAUUCUUCGUACUGCUAAAUAUGUUUUUGGCUAUAAUCAACGACACUUAUGCGGACGUAAAGACUGAAAUAGCAAUUGCACCCGAUGAAAUGCAAAUGACAGAAUACAUUCAGAGAGGAUUCUUUAACAUGUUACGAAAACUUGGAUGUGGACGUAGCAGAAAGUCGGAACUCAAGAGGGAACUAAAUAUUACCAUAAGACAUAUACGGGAAGCGCUUAAAAAGUGUGGGUUUAGUGAUCUUGAAAUUGAAAUGUUUUUUGCCAGAUAUAAUAUUGAUCCCAUCGCAGAAGUUGAGCACUACGAUAUGGAAAAAUUACUAGCUGAACUCGAAGCUAUUUUAAGUACCAAGAAAGAAGGAAGUCUAGAUGAUUAUGUUCAUGUAAACGAUUUUGUAGCUCAACAAGAAAGAUUGGAACAAAUUGAUAAAACAAUUAGCUUGCUAGUGACCCAAGUGAAAACUCUGCUAUUAAAAUUAGAAAAAAUGGAAAAUGUCAAGAAAGUGAAAACUACAUAA